AUGGCGCCAGAGGCACUGACGGGCUACAAGUACAGCUUCGAAGCUGAUGCGUUCAGCUUUGGCGUACUGAUGUGGGAGGACCGCACGCUGUCCCCCUCCGUGGACACAACAUUGAAGCACCUGGAAACAACGCUCAAGGAGCAUCGCGUGCUGUUUACCACUGGACAGUUGCGUCCACGAAGCACUUCUUCCACCAUGAUUGAUCUGCCAUCGAUCCAACGCAUGAUGAACGCCUUUGGCGACGAACAGCGUGCUGGCCAGUGCACCCUGCAAAGCAUCACUGAUGGCUCGUGCGCUGGAGCCUUGGAGCUGACGUCAAUGGUGUACUGUUCCUCACGGUUUCUCGCCACGAAGCACGUGGGUGAGGAAUUGACGGACUUGAAGCGUGGCAACGUGCUGGUGUCAUCGUCCCUUCGCGCCAAGAUUACGGACUUUGGGUCCAUUCGCCAGUGCUUCACACGUGACAGAAACCAGCACCAGCAGCGCACAUGUCUCUCUUCCAGCCAUGAUGAUGACCCUCAGUACAGCCAGCAGGCUGGUUUGCAGACGAUGCCGAGCAUAACGCUGACGGCUGGUGUGGGCACGCCACUGUGCAUGGCGCCGGAGGCAUUGGCGGGCGACAAAUACAGCUUUGAGGCAGAUGUGUUCAGCUUUGGUGUGCUGAUGUGGGAGAUGGCGACACGGCGUGUGCCGGAUUUGAUUGAGCAGGAGAAGGGGAGCGGGUAUCGGGGACCGAUCCUCGCCACCAUCAGCAACCUGAUGAAGGAUGGGAAGCGGCUGCGAUUUGAUGAUGGUGAAGAAGAUGCCAUCCCCGAGUGGUUCCAGUCGCUGACGUACAACCGCAUGGCGCAGAAUCCGCGUGAGCGUCCAUCGUUUGGAGAACUCAUGGACCACCACUUUGUUGCUUGA